CAGCAGUCUGUGUGUGGGUCUGUAGUUGAGCGGUGAGCUCUCUUUGGUGCUGGUGGGCAGUGGAGGGGGUCUGCAGCUCCAGCUGGAAAGGGAUCCUGUUCCUACAGGAUACUGAUACUGACCCCCUCACCAGAAGUGUCCAGAGGUUUCCUGGCAUGACCAACCUCAGCUUUUCCGCUUUCUCCAAUCAGAGCUCGGCCUAUGGCAGCCCCCGCAGACCGGUUACAGUCUUCAGCGUGCUUACCUUCACACUGCUAGCCAUGCUGGUAGUGGCCACAUUUGUGUGGAACAUGCUGGUUCUGGUGACCAUCCUGAGGGUCCGCACUUUUCAUCGUGUCCCGCACAACUUGGUGGCCUCCAUGGCCAUUUCUGACGUGAUGGUGGCCGCGCUGGUCAUGCCGCUAAGCCUAGUGCACGAACUGAACGGCCGGCGAUGGAAGCUGGGACGAAUCCUUUGCCACGUCUGGAUUUCCUUCGACGUUCUGUGCUGCACGGCCAGCAUCUGGAACGUGACGGCCAUCGCACUGGACCGCUACUGGUCCAUCACUCGACACCUGGAGUAUACACUGAAGGCAAGAAAAAAGAUCUCCAAUGUGAUGAUUGGACUAACGUGGCUUUUGUCCUCUGUUAUCUCACUGUCUCCUCUGUUUGGCUGGGGGGAGACCUACUCGGAGGAGGGAAUGGAGUGCCAGGUGAGCCAGGAGCCAUCCUAUACUAUCUUCUCGACCUUUGGGGCCUUCUACCUGCCGCUCUGCGUGGUGCUCUUUGUCUACUGGAAGAUUUAUAAAGCGGCCAAGUUUCGCAUUGGUUCCAAGAAGAUGAACACCAUCACGCCGGUAGCUGAAGCCGUGGAGGUGAAGGAGGCAUCACGGCAGCAGCCUCAGAUGGCAUUCACUGUGCGGCACGCCACCGUCACGUUCCAGACGGACGGAGAGACGUGGCGGGAGCAGAAGGAGCGGCGGGCGGCGCUGAUGGUGGGAAUCCUCAUCGGGGUGUUUGUCCUUUGCUGGAUCCCGUUCUUCCUGACUGAACUGGUCACGCCGCUCUUCUCCUGCCACGUGCCGCCCGUGUGGAAGAGCGUCUUCCUCUGGCUCGGCUACUCUAACUCCUUCUUCAACCCACUGAUCUACACAGCUUUUAACAAGAACUACAACAACGCCUUCAGGAACCUGUUCUCCAGACAGCGCUGAGAGCAGACGUGACCAGCGUGACUCUCUUAACUUCUGUAAAAUAAGAGACAUCCUGAUUGGAGCUGAAAAAAAAAACAGUGUCAGAGACAAUUUAAAGCAUGUUUAAAUGGAUUGGAAGGGGUUGUGUUGAGCCUGAUGACACUUUUACAGAUUCUUAGGGCUAUUUUACCCAUUACACUAUAGAUAAAUGAACCAACAGGACUUGGAAAUGUCAACAGCAGUAUUACCUUGUACAUUUACAGUCAAAAUAGACAUUGAGCCCUAUGUUACACCCUGUGCAAGACUUGUCACGAUGCCCGUUGUUAUCUUCAGGGUUCAUACGGGCAUGAAAAAACUGGAAAAGUCAUGGAAUUUAAAAAGUAGAAAUUUCCAGGCCUAGAUAAUUUUUUGGAAAAAUCAUGAAAAAUUUGGUCUACAAAUCUUCUGUUUCCAUUUAUCAAUGGAGGAAAUCUAUUUUGAGCUAACAAAUACGUCAGCUCAGAGUUAAUUCAGUAAUUUAGCCCUACGCAAUGGAGCUCUCAAGAUAUGACACACAUUUUAUUAUUAAAGAGUAUGUGUCAGAUUCAUUUUAGGCCUAUUAUAAUCCAUUUUAAAUAUAGUUUAAUAAACAUAAACAUUUUCGGUUGCACUGAUGUUUUAAAGAUCGUAUGGUCAUAAAAAAAAUUGUCAUGAAGGCAUGGAAAAGAACGCUGUAUCUUACACCUCACUGGUGGUCUGGAAGUGAGAUGUGUUCAGGUAAAUCUCUGGCGUAUUGCUAUCUUGGCAAUGGAAAGCACAGGUGCGCCACUGACUGAUAAGAACCUAGACAACUGUCAACCGUUCAUUGCUAUCUUGGGAUGCAGGUGCACCACAAACGCUUAACGCUAAACGUUCAUCUUUGAAAGAAAAAAAGAGGAGAAAAUCAAGCUCCUUCACAUUAAAAAACACCAAUGACUGUGUUCAUCGUUUCACUGUGAGACUUUUAUUUUAAGAUUUAAGAACAAAAUUUAUUAAAUACCUUAAAUCUUCCUGCAGUAAAAUAAUAAAAGCUUAAAUUUCCAACCAUUA